ACUUUAUGUUUGUAAAGUUAAUUGGAGUUAAUGGUUAGUUAGAACCACAAAUCGAACCAAUCUGUGUGGUAACUUAACUAUGGAGCAGAAAUAGUGUAUCCCGUGAUUCUUUGCUGAAGGCUGACAAGUGGAUCCAAGAUGGCGUAGAAAGUAAAGCUAGAAGUUCUGUCCCUAAGUCAUGGCGGACAGGAGGCCAGAGAAGUCAUGUGAAGAGGCCAGUGAAUCGUUAGCCAGGCGGGAGUACGAGGCGGUGGUGAGCCACUGCACGGAGGCGCUCCUCCUGCUCGGCCUUCAGCCCCCCGGUCCCCGCGCAGUGCCCCUCCGCAGUCGGGCCCUGCUGUACCGGAUCGCCGCCCUUCUGCAGCUGAAGAACUAUGAUCAAGCAGAUGAAGACUGUAAGCAUGUGCUGGCGGAGGACAUGUCCGAGGCAGACGGGUCCUUCCAGGCGGGGCUGCACAGCAUGCUGCUGGACGGCAGUCUGCGGGAAGUCUCCGCCAUUCUGUCCAGGGCGCUGUUCGGGGAGCCGCUGAAUGGGAUCGUAACGAAGGAUUUGACCAGACUGAAAAUGCUGCUCUCUGAAAUUGAGGCAGUAAGUAGCAAGAUGGCUUCGGAAUACACAGAAGACACCGAGGAAGGUGAGGCAUGUGUGGAAGGUGAGGAAGAUGUCCAAGAUGGCUGGCAGUUCCGCCCCCCUCCCCGAGGGGUCACCAGUAGUGAAGAGUACACGUUGUGUAAAAGGUUCCUGGAGCAGGGCCUGUGCAGGUACGGGGCCCAGUGCACCUCCGCGCACUCUCAGGAGGAGCUGACGGAGUGGCAGCAGCGCUACGCCUCCCGGCUCAUCCGCCUCAAGCAGCAGCAGGAGAGCAAGCACUUCACCGAGAACUACAUGGAGGCGCUCAUCGAGAAGUGGAUGAACUCCCUCUCCCCGGAGAAAGUGUUGAGUGACUAUUUGGACGGUGUGAAUGUGGAACACAGCUCCGACCUGUCGGUGACGGUCACCUCCAAGAAAUCAUCUCACUCCUGGACGUUCUCGCUCCUAUGCAAGCCCGCCCGGACGCUGUACCGCAUCGCCCUGCUGUACGACGCCCACCGGCCCCACUUCGCCAUCACGGCGGUGUCGGCGGGCGACGCCUCCGCCCAGCUGCUGCAGGAGGUGCCGGGCGGCUGCCAGGAGUGGACCGGGGACGGCGGCGCCCAGAACGGCAUGGACCACUGCCUCUACAAGGUGGCGGUGGGCUUCAGCACCGAGAUCUUCGGCACCUUCCGGCAGACCAUCGUCUUCGACUUCGGCUCGGAGCCCGUGCUGAUGCAGAGGGUCAUGGUGGACGCCGCCUCCAUCGAGGACCUGGAGCACCUGAAGCAGGCGCGGCAGCAGCUGCUGAUGACGGCCAAGCGCUGGGACUCGUCCUGCAAGACCAUCGUGGAGUUCGGGCCCAACGAGACCAUGGAGCUGGAGCGCGGCCUGCUGGCCCGCUACCAGAUCCCGCUCUCGGCCGACCAGCUCUUCACCCAGUCCGUCCUGGACAAGACGCUGACCCGGGAGAACUACCAGGCCCGGCUGCACGACCUGCUCUACAUCGAGGAGAUCGCCCAGUACAAGGAAGUCAGCAAGUUCAACAUCAAGGUGAACCUCCAGCUGGUGACCAGCUUCAUGCUGACGGGCAUCUCGGGCGGCGCCAAGUACGCCCAGAACGGGCAGCUGUUCGGCCGCUUCAAGCUGACGGAGACGCUGUCGGAGGACACGCUGGCCGGCCGGCUGGUCAUGACCAAGGUCAACUCGGUCCUGCUGCUGCCGCUGCAGCGCGAGUGGUCCAGCCAGCCGCCCGGCGUCAAGGAGCGCGUCUACGAGGGCCUGAUCGAGGAGAAGACCAAGGACUACAUCUUCCUGCGCAUCUGCAAGGACUGCUGCGACGAGCUGUGCCUGCAGCCGGACAGGGAACUGCAGGUGGAGCUGCAGUUCCAGCUGAACCGCCUGCCGCUCUGCGAAAUGCACUACGCCCUGGACCGCGUCAAGGACAACGGCAUCCUGUUCCCCGACGUCAGCCUCACCCCGACCAUCCCCUGGAGCCCCAACAGGCAGUGGGACGAGCAGCUGGACCCGCGGCUCAACGCCAAGCAGAAGGAGGCCAUCCUGGCCAUCACCACGCCCCUGUCCAUCCAGCUGCCCCCCGUGCUCAUCAUCGGGCCCUACGGCACGGGCAAGACCUUCACGCUGGCACAGGCGGUCAAGCACAUCCUCAAGCAGCCAGACAGCAGGGUCCUCAUUUGUACCCACUCCAACAGCGCUGCUGAUCUGUACAUAAAGGAUUACCUUCACCCGUACGUGGAAGCAGGCAAUCCCCACGCUCGGCCUCUCAGGGUUUACUUCCGGAACCGGUGGGUGAAGACGGUGCACCCCUUGGUGCAGCAGUACUGCCUGAUCUCCAGCACGCAGUUCACCUUCCAGAUGCCGGAGCGGGAGGACAUCCUCAAGCACAGGGUGGUGGUGGUGACCCUCAGCACCUCCCAGUACCUGUGCCAGCUGGACCUGGAGCCCGGCCUGUUCUCCCACAUCCUGCUGGACGAGGCGGCCCAGGCCAUGGAGUGCGAGACCAUCAUGCCGUUCGCCCUGGCCAGCAGGAGCACCCGGAUCGUCCUGGCGGGAGACCACAUGCAGCUCAGCCCCUUCGUGUACAGCGAGUUCGCCCGGGAGAGGAACCUGCACGUGUCGCUGCUGGACCGGCUGUACGAGCACUACCCGGCCGAGUACCCCUGCCGCAUCCUGCUGUGCGAGAACUACCGCUCCCACGAGGCCAUCAUCAAUUACACGUCGGAGCUGUUCUACGAUGGCAAGCUGAUGGCCAGCGGGAAGCAGCCCUCACACAAGGACUUCUACCCCCUGACCUUCUUCACUGCGAGGGGGGAGGACGUGCAGGAGAAGAACAGCACCGCCUACUACAACAACGCCGAGGUGUUUGAGAUCGUGGAGCGGGUGGAGGAGAUGCGGAAGAAGUGGCCGGUGGCCUGGGGCAAGCUGGACGAGGGCAGCAUCGGGGUGGUGUCCCCCUACGCCGACCAGGUGUUCCGCAUCCGCGCCGAGCUGCGCAAGAAGAGGAUGCCCGAAGUGAGCGUGGAGCGGGUGCUCAACGUGCAGGGUAAGCAGUUCCGGGUGCUCUUCCUGAGCACGGUGCGCACCCGCCACACCUGCAAGCACAAGCAGACCGCCAUCAAGAGGAAGGAGCAGCUGGUGGAGGACUCCACGGAGGACCUGGACUACGGCUUCCUGUCCAACUACAAGCUGCUCAACACGGCCAUCACCCGCGCCCAGUCCCUGGUGGCCGUGGUGGGGGACCCCAUCGCCCUCUGCUCCGUGGGCCGCUGCAGGAAGUUCUGGGAGCGGUUCAUCUCCAUCUGCCACGAGAACAGCAGCCUGCACGGGAUCACCUUCGAGCAGAUCAAGGCGCAGCUGGAGGCCCUGGAGCUGAAGAAGACCUACGUGCUCAACCCCCUGGCCCCCGAGUUCAUCCCACGGGCCCUUCGGCCCCAGCACCCCCAGGGCUUCAGCAAGCAGCAGGGGUCCCCCCCGAAGGGCAAAGGGCAGCACGCGAACCAGGCCGAGCACUUUCCACCGGAGGGAUUCGUCCAGCCCAACCCGGCCGUGCUGAUGGGCCAGCCCAUCCGCGCCUUCACGCCGCCCCUGGGGGGCACCCCGGCCCUGGGGGGCAAGUCCCCCAGCCCCGUGCAGAGGAUCGACCCCCACACGGGCGCCAGCAUCCUGUACGUGCCCGCGGUGUACGGGGGGAACAUGGUCAUGUCCGUGCCUUUGCCCUUACCCUGGCCCAGCUAUCAGGGGCGUUUCGCCGUGGACCCGCGCAUCAUGAGCCACCCGGCGGCCGUGGCCUACAACAUGAACCUCCUGCAGGCCCACAGCCGCGGCUCGCCCGUCCCCUACGGCGUCAGCCACCCCUCCCCCCUGGGCGUGGGCCAGCAGACCAGCCCCGACAAGGAGCUGCUCCCGGAAGCCAGCAGAAACGGGAAGAUGGACGGCGGUGGGAAACCGGAGCAGAGCCGACUGCAGACGCCGGAGAGGAAGGCCCCCGACCUGAAAGGGAAACAGGGAGAGCCUGACCCGGGACAGAACCGGAGCCCCGAGUCCCAGGAUGCACUGGGCUUCCCCGGCGCCCGGCUCCACAGGAAGGACAAUCCCGGCCAGAGGCCCCUCAACUUCCACCUGGCCCCUCCGAACCCGGCCAUGGCCCCCCACCCCAACAGCAGACAGUUCCCGCACCAACAGUACCCCAUGCCCCGCCCCCCGUUCAGGGUCCCGCCGCAGCAGCAGCAGCAGCAGGGCGGCCUGCCUCCGCAGCACCUGGGGCAGAUGCAGCAGCUGGCCUCGCAGUCGCAUGCGCAGCAUGCGCAGCAGCAGCCCUCGGCCCAGCUCUCCCCGGCCUUCCCCGUGGGGAACCCCUCUUUCUUCCACGCCCCGCCCCACGGCAGGGCCCUGCAGUCCCCCGGCCUGGAGGCCAUGUCCGCGGAGGGCCCCGCGGCCGGCAUGAUGGCGGAGGAGGCCGGCGGGCCCCUCAGGCCCCUCCCCCAGCAGCUGGGCCACCAGCCGCACCCCCAGCCCAUGCCGCAGCCCAAUCGCAUCAACAGCUUCGCCGAGGACCACCCCGAGGCGGCGAUGGGGGAGGGGCUCGACAUCCAGGAGGCCCUCAGCCAGCAGGCCCGGCUCAGCCAGUGGAGCGAACACAACCACCUGCUGCAGGGCGGGGUGGCCUUCCCCCUGCCCCAGCACCUGGCGCACCUGGCCCAGCCGGGCCUGCGCUUCCCCCCGCAGCUGCUGCGCCCCAACUGGAGGAUGGGCGCCGGCGGCCAGGACGAAGCCGGCCCGCCGUUCCCCAGGUUCCCAGGCCUGCUGCGGGAGAUGGGCCCCCAGGAGCAGGGUGAGCAGCGGGACCCGUCGGAGAUGCCCCCGCCCCAGUCCCGCCUCCUGCAGUACCGGCAGGUGCCCCAGGACCUGCCCCCCCCCUCUGCCAGCCCCAGCCACGGGCCGACCCCCCAGGACGGCGGGCGCGAGCUCGAGAUGAUCAACAGCCCCGCCUACCAGCAGCAGCAGCAGCAGCAGCAGCAGCACCCCGCCUCCCAGAUGUACGGCCCCGCCUUCCCCCACGCCCCCGGACACUCCACCCCGCCCCCCGUCAAGUACCUGCUGUCGGACGGCCAGUGGGCCCACGGCGGCCUGCCGCCGGGCCACAUGCUGGGCCAGGGCUUCCCGUUCGGCGUGCCCGUGCUGGCCCACCGGCAGGAGCAGCUGCACCUCCUGCAGCUCCAGCAGCAGCAGCAGCAGCAGCAGAAGUCCCUGCAGCAGCAGCAGCAGCAGCAGCAGCAGCAGCAGCCCCCCAUCCCGGGACAGGAGAGCUACCACCCGCUGUCCCCUCGAACCAUGGCCGCCUCCUCCCUGCAGAACGUAGAAGAGUAUGAACCCAGAGGGCCUGGCAGGCCGCUCUACCAGCGUAGGAUCUCCUCCAGCUCGGCGCAGCCGUACCCAGACGACUCGGGCGCCCCCCAGGGCGUCCUGACGCAGUGCAAGGACCCGCAGGACCAUCCCCAUCUCUCGUACGGCUACCCAUCCGCCGAAACCUGGCCCGGCAGCAGCGCCACUGUCCCAUUCCAGAACAUUCCAUGCAAUGGAGCCAGCACACUUCCACACAGGGACCUUUUAGCGCCGUCGAAGGCUAUGCGCUCGUCCGAAGAACACAUGAAGGCAGAGGGCGUCCAGCCGCCGGCCCACGCGUUCGGCUCCCUGCAGCACCUCGGACAGUUCCCUCCGCUCAUGCCCGGCAAGCAGCCCGCGCCUGAUCCCGGAGGAGGAGGGGGCGGGCCCGGCCUGAGCAAGCCCCCCACCAUGUCCUACGCCAGCGCCCUCCGUGCCCCGCCCAAGCCCCGCCCCCUACCCGAGCAGGUUAAAAAGAACAGCGACCCCUUGUCCUUACUGCAGGAACUUAGAAUAGGCAGUUCAAACAAUACCAACGGAUAUUAUUCAUAUUUUAAAUGAGCGCAGCAUAAAUACCAGGCGAAAAAUAAAAUGUACAAAAAAAUAGAAAAUACUUCUCUGAAAAAAAGAUUAUAAAAAGAGCUUUUAGAAGUUGUUCUUAUUGAUAGAUUUUUUUUUUUGCUUUGUUUUUUUUUGUUUUUUUUUAAACCUUAUAUAUUAGUAAUGCUCAGUUCUUUUACAGUUUGACAUAUCUGUGAUUAAAAAAUAAGAAAAUAAAACAUAUAUAUUAAAAAAAUACAAAAAAUACAUAAAAUGUUGGGGGGAAAAAAAAAAGAUUUUAAAAACACGAGAUGUCUUGGUUGACCCCUUCGCUGCCUGUCUUCUGUUUCGUUUAAUGCCGUUCGUUUCAGAAAUGCUUCUCUUUUUUUUUUUAAUGCCGAGUUUUUCACCAUUACAGUUGUCUUUUUAUUAUAGGUGCAGCCGAGCGGUCAACCACAUACAUGGUGACUGUAUGAAACAUUGUAUAGAAGUAGUUAAAGCUUUUCUCUGACUGUACAUAUAAUGGAAAUAAACAGACCAGAUAUAUGCCAUGUGCUUAAUUUUCCUGUACCACGUUAAGCAUUGACUUUAGAUUUUCUGUUGUGUUUCUGUGACAGACUAUCUUGGAUUCCCCCCACUCCCCCCUCCCGCCACUGUUUGUUUUCCCCAGAUAAUAUCCAUUUGAAAGCUCCAUGACUUCAGCUGUAAAGAACCUGACGAGAUAAUCAUGCGUGAGGCAGAGACGAAACAAAACAAAAAACAAAAAACAAAAACAAAAACAAAAAACAAAAAACAAAAAAAUAGUGCAAUGCAAAACAAGCCAAAAAGAACACAAAUCAUGCAGGCCAGCCUGAAACACACCGGUUACCCCGCCCACCCCCUCCGAGCCCCCCCACCACAGCCCACCUUCCUUAUAAAAACCGUUUUCACGUCGGCUAGGUGGUGAAGCGUGGAGCUGACGGGUGGGAAAGGAACAGCCGGUAGCCCGAUGUCUGUCCCGAUCCGUGCGCACACGCCCUCCUGCUUUCUCUGAAAUCCUCACCUCAUCUCCAAAAAAAAAAACGGACAGCUGCCGUUAAAGAUCAGCUCUGUCCGUCUUUCACGGGAUUGGUGGAUUGGCCCCCAUAUAGCGCUGCGCGCGCCCUAUGAAGAUACGCACGCGUCAGGACUCCCCAAGCCUGUCUUCCUGAACAACGUGCACGUUUUUCCAGCGGCCCAAUCACGUGAGGCGUCAUUAGUACGCAGCGAUUCCUAACUGCCUGCCCACGUUGUUGCCGGAACCAGCCAGUAUCCCCUCUACUGAGGUCAGAUCUGUGCCGUUGUUCAGGAACUCAUCGUCUAUCGGUUUAAAAAAAUUUUUUUUAUUUUUUUUUUUACGUAGGCUGUCAACUGUCAAGUUACAUGGGGGGGAGAAACAGGCCUGGAGCAAGCGACACGUACACAUACGUUUGAAUAACCUCAGUCGCAUUUUUGAUUUGUAUUGAGAUGAAGGCUGGCGCGUUGCGGGGAGUUUGUAGAAGGUGCAGAGGUCAGGGUAGUGGGCUGAGUAAUGCGGAGUGUAGGUAAUGUACAGAGGGGGGAGGUUUGGGCAGAGCCUGCUCUUCCUGAGGGGGGGGCCUAUGGUAGUGGCCCCCGAGGGUCUCCUGGAUUACACUAGGUGAAGCGAAAGGGAAAAGUUUUGAAGUUGAAAGCAAUUCUGUCUUGAGUUUAUUCGCGAUCAUUUUUUGCUUUUAGAUUUUUUUUUUUUUCUUUUGGAAAAAUUUAACACAAAUUGUCACAUUGAAUAUGCGGAGCUCAGAAAUUAUGCACCGUGACUAGGCGGUGUUACCCUGUAGAAAGAUCUGAACUAGUAGAUGUUUCCAUUUUUAUCGCGAUUCUAAAGUUUUUUUAAAUUUUUUUUAAAUGAACUAAAAAUAAAAAUACCCUGAGCAGUUUUACAGAGGAAUUGUGCCUUGAACUGCAAGGCACCGCCGAUUAUUUCAUACCGGAAGAUUAAAGAAAUUAAAUAUUGGAACGCUAUUUUUUUUCGUCACAUUUCUAAGGUCUUUUCUGUUUGAAUUUUUAAAUGCCACGGUCCAUGUUUCUUUUUUGAACUUCAGGAUAAAUCCAUUGAGCGGGGCACAGCAUUUAAAUUUAUCUUUAAUUGCAUUCCAGGCAGCGGGGUUUUGUACGCAGUGUAGACGUAACGUUCGAACCGAGAACCGCUUUUACUUGAAGCUGAAGAUGGCUGUUGUCAUAGCUGCUGUCGUCGCUGUUCCUCACGUAAAGCUGUGUGGCCAGGGCGUGCAGUGUGUGCCUCUCCCAUCCCUUUAGAAGAGAAGUUCCAGUCUCCGGUUUUAUCACUGAAAUACCAUGUUCUCACGCUCUGGCUUGUUUUUGCACUGUUUUAAAAAAAAAAAAAAAAAAAAAAAAAGAGAAAAACAAAACCAAACCCACAUUUAGAAUAAAAUGGAAUUCACAUCAAACUUUCAAAUCGGUUCAACAUUUUUUUUUCUGUUUGUAAUACACCCUGCUUAUGCCUUCUGGUGCAGUUUGUUACUUUGUCAUUGUUUGUUUGGUUAUAUUGGGCAUGGCAGCCAAUAGUCACUUCUAACGUAUGAUGGGGUUUCAAAGAUGAAAAACGACAAAUUGUCUGGAAAAAAAAAAGGUGUAAGUUAUUUUUGAAGGAAAUAGUUUCUUGCAUAGGGUCGAAGAAUAACAAUCGAAGGAAAGAAACACGACUUUGUUCGUGUUUUCUGAUAUUUGGCUGUCAUUUAAUUUCUCAUUGUCUGGAUUUAAGAAGUUAUAUGCUUUUUAGUUAUUCACAAAAAUAUCUUUCUGUAAAUAGGCGUUUUUUUAGGUCUUUACAAACAAGAUGCCGAGGGGCGCCUCACUUUUCUAGAAGCUGUUUAAAAAGGAAGUGUGCCCUUUUUAAUUAUGCAAAUUAAAAAUAAAAUAAAAAACUAUAAAAAUUGACUAACGCAAAUGGUGUGUCGGCACUGGCAGUAUCUCUGAGGAAGAGAGAAGUUUUUAAGUCAUUUUUAUAAAAAUCCGGUGUCAGGCAGCUUUACGAAGAACAUUGUGUUGCAGGCAUAUAAUUCUCUUUGUUUUUGUUCAUGUAGAUCAUUUAUUUUUAAAGUACUGUUGCUGUUUUCUUUCCUUUUUUUUCUCCCUGUUUUUAGUUUUUUUUUUUUUGGUAAUAAAUCAUGAAUGGAGAACAUUAGUCUUUCAUAGGUGCUUUGUGAUUUCAAUGAUCAAUUUUGUGAAGAACGUACUUUUUCCUGUGCAUGUCAGAGUGGCCUGGCUAUUUUCUUUCACUUCUCCAAAAAAAAAAAAAAAAAAUAUACAAAGUUGUGCAGCAUUCAAAUUUCUGUUGUCUCCCUAAAAAAAAAAAAAAGUCAAAUUUUGGUAUAUUAUUUGAUGUGUACAAUAAAUUGUGACAUAAUGAAAAAGAAUGGUAAUAUUUUACUAACAUUCAUGUUUGUUGAAUAAUGCAAUAGUUAUGUACAUUUUUAAUUUCCUGUAAUUAUAUAUUGCUGGGCAAAAGCUGUUCCUCAGUUGACUUGCCAAUGCAGUGGCUUAAACAUUUAAUCUCUCAGCAAAAUUCAUUUCUCAAAGUGUAAAUCUUAUUUGCAUAUCGAACACGACCAGAUGUCUUACCUUCAUUGCUUACGUUUAUUCCUUAGUUUAAGACGCAUGCCGCUUGUUUCUGGAUACGUUGAUUCUGUCGUGCUGCAUCAGGUAUAGUCAAAGCACUUGACUAGUAUAGUUGAUACAUAGCUUUUUUUGGGGGGGGCGGGUGGGGGGGUGGGGGAAUCAGAUGCCUAUAAUUUUGGAUUUGAGCAUCUUCCUUUUCUUAUAGUUCCCCUUUACCUCUGGAGGCAGUGUGAUCGCUUCCGCCUGUUGCUAACUUGUGCAUUUCGUUCUGUGAAACACUGCAGUGCUCUCAUUUUGAAACCGAUUGGUUUGAAACGUGUGAAUACUGCAGGUCUCACAGGACCGUGUCAGUGCGUAUCAAGGUCUUAGGUGGGGCAGGCUCCUGUGCUUUCUUCCGGUUUUAGAGUACAGGAGCUUGCCCCCCUUCAGGCUGGAGUUUAAAUGUGGUUGUUGUGUACAGAGGCCAGUCCCAUGACUUCCUGUCCUUACCGCUGCACAUCUCAGCUCGUUUCCAUUAACACUUUGAAUGGCUGACCUUGUGAAGUAUCUAUGAAUGCCUCUGUAUGUGCAUUUAUAUGUGCGUGUUAGCAUAUGUUUGUCCGUGUGCGUGCGUGUGUGUGUACAUAUGUGUGUAUAUUUAUGCAGGUAUAUAUAAGCAUAUUAGCACUGCCUUAUCUGUGCAUCUGUAGUUUUAAAGUGCUGAUGUAGUUCAGCACUCAUAAUAGGGAAGGCUUGUUCUGGCGAGUUUGUCCACGUACUGCCGCGAUCAAAUGUAAAUGCACAAGUCCCAGGCACUCAAGCUGACCUGUCUGAAGCUCUGCGUUUGUGUUUGUUAUGAAUGAAUGAAUGACCACAGGAAUACCCAGCUAGCAUCAAACUGUUUGAGGUCAGGUUAUUUCCACACAGGAGAAGAGGGUAUGGCAUAUAAAACAGCGCCUCCUGUGGUUGGUUGGGGGGGCGGGGGUCACACGUAACUAUGCUAUUAAAUAUCCAUUACACCGGCUGCUUUUGUGCCGUGUCAUGAUACAAAAAAGAAAAAAAAGAGAAGGUGAACAUUGCUGAGAGAUUAUCCUUAUACUGUGUCUCUAGGUAAAUAAGUUUAAAUGUGGAUUCGGUGGUUGGAACGGUGAUUCAUCUGUACUGCAUGCGUGUCUUUAAGGAGUCAGCCAGUUAAGUUACCGUUAUUCUGGCGCGUGCUGAACCAUCACGGUCCGCACGCCGAUCGGUUGAUUCUUGCUCCUUAUUGGCUGGUCAGCCGGUGGGAGUGGCUUUUGCCCGGCCGUUUGGUAAAGAGCACUGUGUUCUGCCUUUAGUGACAUCACGUUCUCAUCCUCAGCUGUCUGCCAUUUAAUCUCUCCGGUCUUUCCCCCCUAAAUUUAAUGGCACCGUCAUUCCCACGCAGUGGUAAAAAUAAUAAUAAAUAUUUAUUUCUUUUUUUUGUUUGUUUGUUUUGUUUUGGGGUUUUUUUUUUUUUUUUUUGCUUUUAUUUGGUGAUGGUUAUUUUGAUGAUUUUAGGCUGUGAUUUAAAAAAAACAAACAAACAAAAGUUUAAUUUUGAUUUGCUAUUUUUUAUUUGUUUCUCUAUUAAAGUGUUUUUAUUGAAA